ACAACAACACUGGACUUUAAUACAUGGCCAUUCUUAGAAAAUCCUGACCAAUCACAAUUUUACUUUCACUUCUACAAAGGAAACUCUCGUUCGUUUGUUUACCUCGAACUCCAUCAAUUUUAUGUGGGGCUAAAAUAAAGGAGUAGCUAUCUUAUCAAGACGUAGUAAACUUAACAAUGCCGCUGGAUACAGUAUUGUGCUUGGACACUUCAGGAUCAAUGGCUGGUCGAGGUAUGAGAGAACUAAAGCGAGCGGCCGAACAAUUUCUUGAAGGCAUCCAAGAAACAGCAAAACAGUCUGAUUUGAAGGAAAACGUUGCUAUUGUGGAAUUUGGAGGAAAUACUCGGAUUGUGAAGAAUUUGUCAACAGAUUACGUUGGUUUGAGAAGAUCUAUCAACAGUUUGUCAGCAAAUGGCCGAACACCAAUGAAGGAAGGUCUCACUCUUGCAAUGAAAGAGAUUCUUGAACAUGGUGGAGUGGUGAACGUAAAUGGUUUGAAGCUUUCUCCGCGCAUCGUGUUAAUGACGGAUGGAAAGCCCACAGGCGAAACAGAAACUCAGGCUAUAACUGAGGUUUUAACAGUCGCUGCGUUGUUUGGUCAACAUUGGAGACAGGUUGGUCUUCCUCAUCCAAUUCCCAUCGCUUGUGUUGGCUGUGGUGAUGCUGAUAAGAAACUUCUUGAAGGUAUUGCCAAAAUAACCAAAGGCAUGUUCACUAUGGUUGACAGUAUGGAGGAAUUGAGCACCUUCUUCCGCAGACAAGUUAUUCUGUCAAGAUUCGUUGCGCAAUUUUCUCAUGACAUGUCGCAGUUACGAUCAUUGCUGGCUCUACAACAGUUCAUGAGAGCUUGUGGGGAAGCCGUAGAAGAAGCAGAAGCGCGUUCUCUUCGUGGCCUUCUUGGUGCAAUGUUAAUUGGAGCAGCUUUGGAAGACAGCGAUGAUGAGGACGGAGAUAGUUCAUCUUAUCCUACCCCUCCACCACUGGGAACUCGUAUACGUCGAGGACCUCAAUGGAAAUGGGGGGAUCAAGAUGGAAAUGGAGUGGGCACUAUUGUCAAACACUCUGAUACAAAAGGCUGGGUCGAUGUUCGUUGGGAUAAUGGCAGGAAGAAUUCGUAUCGUUUUGGUAAAGACAAUGCAAUGGACGUAAAGGUUGUAAACGAGCCUCGUAAAGUGACAUUUCAUGAAGGCAUUAAAGUUGGUGUGCGUGUUGUUCGAGGUAAAGACUGGAAAUGGUCAAAUCAAGAUGGCGGAACUGGGUCAAAAGGAUACGUUUAUGAUGUCAGUGAGAUGACUGGAGUUUGCAAAGUCCGUUGGGAAGAUGGCAGCACAAAUACGUAUCGAAAUGGUGCAGAAGGAGCCUUUGAUUUACGUGUCUUGCCUGAGGACGUGAGUGGUAUGGGAACUAAACCAACCCCAGGAGCUAAUAGGGACCCUGAGGAUUGUACAGUGAUGUAGAAGUUAGCUUUCUUCAAGGAAGGCCUGUCUCGACGAUGCAGCCGGUCGAGAGUUUGAAGUAGAGGGCCACAAUAUACAGUAUUAACGUGUCAAUAUUCAUCGAUAUAAAAGUCUUCACGAAACUAUCAAGUAUAUAAUAUUCAGUAAAAUUUUCCGUUAGUGACGUUUAGUUAAAUAUCUAGGAAAAUUAGUGUUCCUUGUAUAGACGGUUAGAACAUUGAAACCAGAGUUGACAGUUAAAUUGGUUAAAAAAUUACGUA